AUGAAAAAAUUCUGGGAAUUCGAAGAUUUACCGUUGUGUUCGUCAAAGUGCGACGAAGAUGAAAUGGUUGAGCAAAUGUUUAUCGAAGGGCAUUCACGAGAUGAGACAGGUAGGCAUACGGUAACAAUUCCAAUUAAGCCAACAGUGCAAGAACUUGGCAGUUCGAGAGAGGCAGCGCUUCGGCGUUUCUUUGGAUUGGAAAAGCGAUUUGCACGCGAUCCGGCCUACAGAGCAGAUUAUGUUGAGCGAAUAAAAGAGAAUAUAGCUAAAGGGUAUAUGAUGGAAGCGAAUAUUCAUCCGGAGCCGGGUGAAAUGGUCUACUAUAUUCCUCAUCAUGCGGUGUACACAUCCGGUAAAUUCCGAAUAGUGUAUGAUGCCAGCUGCUUAACAAAUAAAGGCAUAUCUUUGAAUGAUGCGCAAUUUGUUGGGCCGAAAUUGCAGAGAAAUCUGUACGAAACCAUUAUGCGUUUUCGUCGGCAUAAAGUUGCAGUGAGUGCGGAUAUAAAAUCCAUGUAUUUGCAAGUAUGUAUUAAUCCAAAGCAAUGGAAUUUGCAGCGCAUCUUCUGGCGAGAGAGUCCAGCCGAUCCGCUCAAAGAAUAUUGGUUGGUAGUAGUCACUUUUGGGCUAUCGUCAUCAACAUAUUUAGCUGUGCGAACAAUGUUGGAAGGCGCAGCAGAAUUGGAAAAUGAGUAUCCGGAGGCAGUGCACGCCAUUCGAAAUGAUUUCUAUAUGGAUGACUGUACCACCGGUGCGAGUGAUGAGCAAAAGGCCGUUAAAUUGGCAAAAGAGAUGAAAUUAGUUUUAGAGAAAUCUGGUUUUCCUCUGUGCAAGCGGCGUUCCAAUAGUGAAUAUUUAGUGCAAAAACUCGAAGGCGAGCAUUCGUCGGUAUCGUUUGAUGAGAAUAACGAAACUGCGGUGCUAGGCCUGAAGUGGAUAACUACUACCGACGAGAUAACAUACGAAGUGCGCGAACCGGAAAUGAGCAAGGAGCUAACGAAACGAUCAAUUCUUAGUAAAAUCGGUCGUUUGUAUGAUCCGAAUGGAUUUAUAGCGCCAAUAAUUACAUUGACUAAGUUAUUGAUGCGUGAUUUAUGGAAUUUGAAGGUGGAUUGGGAUGAGCCAGUUCCACCAAAAUAUGCAACCGAAUGGAAUGCGAUUUGGAGCCAAAUAUUGCAUUUGGAAAAAAUUCGAAUUCCGCGUUGGUUUGGCAUGAGCAGCGAUGUGCAAGUGCAAUUGCAUGGUUUUGCGGAUGCUUCGGGAAAAUGCUACGGGUGUAGUAUUUAUUUGAGAAUUGAGGAUUUGAAAGGACAAAUUCGGUGCGAUUUGAUCGCUUCCAAAUCGAAAAUUGCGCCGCAAAAAAUAAAACCAGAGAAAAUUCCGAAAGGAAAUGAACAAUUAAACGGGGUGUCAAUACCACGGUUGGAAUUGGCGGCUGCAGAGCUAUUGAGCCGAUAUUUUUCCAUCGUAAGAGAUGCGAUGGAAUUGCAAAAUGUACCGUUUCGUUUGUGGACAGACAGUAGCACAGCGCUGCAAUGGAUACACAAACCGGUGCAUGAGCUAAAGGUGUUUGUUGCGAAUCGAGUAAAAAAGAUUCGUGAAGUGAGCACCGAGAGAGAUUGGUUUCAUGUGCGAACCCAUGAUAAUCCGGCCGAUCUUAUCAGCCGGGGAGUGCCACCGAGCGGCAUAGUGCAAAAUAAUUUAUGGUGGCACGGACCGCCAUGGCUUUCGAAGCUACAAUCCGAAUGGCCGGAGCCUUUGAAUAUUCGUGCAGUGAAGCCAUCAAUUGAAAUGCAAGAAGAGAUAAAAGCAUUUAGAAUGAACGCAGUUUCAGUGCGAAACAAAAAACUUGAAGUAUUUGUGCCGCAAAUGAAAGAAGGAGUACCGUUGAUCGAUUAUUCCAACGAUUUGAGUAAGUUGACGCGCAUUCUUGCUUUUGUGAUGCGUUUUAUUCGAGUUUGUCGUGAUAAAACUCGAACCAAGCCUAAACAAAUUGUAAGCCUUCAAAAAUUGAAUGGAAAUUGGAGCCAGAUGAUUGGGCUAACAACAGAAGAUGAGCGAAGAGCUGCACUGAAAUAUUUCAUAACGGAAGAGCAAAAACGUUCUUUUCCGUUGGAAUAUGAGCAUUUCAUUGAGAAAACCACCAAUGAGCCUAAAUCAGAAUUUCCAGCGAAGAGCCAUUUGUUAGAUUUGCGCCCAUUUUUGGAUAAAGAUGGAAUUAUCCGUGCCUGUGGUCGAUUGGGCGGUUCGGAUUUACCAUAUGAUGCAAGACAUCCAGUAAUCAUUCCGUCAAAAUCUCGCUUGAGUUAUCUCAUUGCAUGGGAAGCGCACAGUGCAACGAAGCAUGGCUCCAUACAACUGAUGCUCCAAUAUAUUCGUGCGAAUUAUUGGAUCCCGCGUUUGAGGCUGGAGCUGCGCUCAUACUUAAGCAAUUGCAUAACAUGCAUUCGGUAUGCUAAGCAUUUUGAGACUCAACUAAUGGCAGAGCUGCCAGCUGAUCGUGUGAGGCAGAAUCGUCCGUUUUUAAUAACCGGAGUCGAUUACGCUGGUCCAUUUGAGCUAUCAGAGCGAUACAAAAGUAGAACAAAGGUGAUGGAGCAUUUAAAUAAAAAAGGCACCCAAUGGGUGUUCAUGAAGCCAGCAGCACCGCAUCAAGGCGGUAUUUAUGAAGCGGCUGUUAAAUCAGCAAAAUGCCAUUUGAAGCGAGUUGUAGGUACGAAGAGCUAUACCUACGAACAAUUGAUUACAUUUUUGGUGCAAAUCGAAGCAGUGCUCAAUUCGAGGCCGCUUUAUGCGCUAAGCGACGAGCCGACCGAUAUGCAAGUAAUCACACCCGGGCAUUUUCUAAUAGGUGAAUCAUUCAUUUUGCCACCGCCAAUUGCAGCACCGGCAAAAUCGGAUUAUUCGCUGAAAAGAGUACGUGAUGAGCAACAGAAAAUGCUUCAAGCGUUUUGGAAGAGUUGGCAAGCUGAUUAUUUAGCUACAUUAUUACCAAGGAAAAAAUGGUUAUCGGAGCGACCAUUUGAAACGGGCCAACUCGUUCUAAUCAAAGACGAAAAUUUGCCGCCAGCGCAAUGGCAAAUGGGGCGCAUAAAAGAGCUAAUUCUGAGCAAAGAUGAUUUAGUGCGAUCGGUUGUGAUAUUGUUGCCGUCAAAGGACAAUAAACAAAAAACGCUGGUACGGCCGGUUCAAAAGAUUCGAUUAUUGCCGGUUGAACCAGAGCAAGAGCUGAAAAAUGAACACUUAAACGCUGGAAUUGUGAAAUUCCAUAAAAUCGUCACUGAAAUUGAUUUUAUGGAAACAAACCCGU